AUGGAUGCAUACCGGGGGGAUAUAACGUCUGCCGAUGCAUUGAUCGAACUACCAAAAGCAAAAGCAGGCGAAAGCAACGGCGAAAGAGAGAAACGGAAGGAGCUCACAAGAGACCUUUUCUUCCAGCUCGCAGUUUGUUUUGGUCUUGCUGAAUGCAUUGAGUGUGAGAGGUUCGGAAAUGCUAUUAUGGACUACAUGGUUCAGACUAUACAGAAACUUGAACCGGCUUCAGACGACACAGACUUCCUGGACUAUUAUUUUAUGACCCGAUUGUACAAUGUCACCACAAAGGAUUCUGCACCUCGAAAAUUGUUAAUAAACCUUGGUGUGCAUGACGAUCGAUGGGGUAAAGAAUUUAUGUCCAAUCUGCACUCGUUUAAGUAUUCAUGCGAUGGAUUUCUCAUCGAUUAUAUUCUGGGUUUCCGCAAAGCCCUCGAGGACACGCGUAAUGGAGCUCCAGAACAUCUGUCUCCUGAGGACGUUUGCAGAAAAUACCAUGAGCAUGAGGAUGAAGGGGAAGGUUACAAUGCAAGUAAUAAGUGUAAUGGUUCUGAUUUCCACAGGAACCUCCGUGGGCGAGGCCGCCAUAUUCACUAUUUCGGUAGCGGAAGGAUGGAGAAGUGA